UGCGCUUCUGAUGCCUGAAAAGCUAUCUGGGUGGCAGCAACACUCGAGAAGGCACAGCCACAGAUUUGUAUGAAGUCACUGCAAACGAGCGACAGACAGAUUUCAUCACCGUGACGUCAGUUUGUUUAACUCGCGAGCCCACUUGAUAUAAGAGACGGUUCCGACAGCUAUGUCAAAAUUUCUCUCUUCUGAGUCAACUUCUGAGGGUACGUGAGAAGCCUGCACUUCGCUGCAAUGACAAUUACACUUCUGUUUAUCAUCUUCAUCGCGUCUCCCCUCGCGUCCUCAGGGGCAAAAUGGACAUAUAAUGGACCUGAUGGAGAGCACCAAUGGUCCAGCAAGUACCCGUUCUGCGGAGGAGCGUUCCAGUCGCCCAUCGAUUUCCAGACCCAGCUGCUGAGAUACGACCCGAACCUGCCGCCCAUCCAGGUCCAGAACUACAACCUGUCAGCCAAUGAGCAGCUCACUCUCGGAAACAACGGACACUCUGUGCUAUUGUCCUUGCCGUCUCACAUGUACAUCUCCAGCCUCCCUCACAGAUAUUCAGCAGCUCAACUCCAUUUUCACUGGGGCUCCUCCAGUCUGUUCACUGGAUCAGAACACACUGUUAAUGGCAAUCGGUUUGCUGGAGAGAUGCAUGUUGUACACUUCAAUUCUGACAAAUACCCAAACAUCUCAAUGGCAGUGGACAAGCAUGAUGGAUUGGCUGUGCUGGGAGUUUUCAUUGAGAUUGGAGAGUUUAACCCUGCUUUUGACAAAUUCUUCAAAUACAUAAAUGGGAUAAAGUACAGAGAUCAGAAAAUACAGGUCCCAGCAUUUAACGUCCGUGCACUGCUGCCAGCGCGUCUGGACGAGUAUUACCGCUACGAUGGUUCUCUGACCACACCACCCUGCUAUCCCAGUGUGCUAUGGACCGUGUUCAGGAAACCUGUCACCAUUUCACGAAAACAAUUUUUGGCAUUGGCCACAGCUCUGUAUGCCUCUUAUGCCCAAGAUUCUGCUACCGUGCCACUUCAUGGAAAUUACCGAAAGCCACAACUCACAGACAACAGAGUGGUACUGGUUUCUUUUAAGGACGGAGACAUUACUUGGAUGAGCUGGGGUAUACUAGCAACAAUAAUAAUGGCCUCCAUGCUAGGACUGCUACUGAUCAUUACACUAUUGUGGUGUCUUUUGAGAAAAAGAUCUAACACCGAAGAGCAGAAAGACAAAACCACUGCAUACAAACUGGCUGAGAAAGAAGAAAACAUCUCCAAAGUAUAACCUCUCAACAUCUGACGAAACCUGAGCAAAUAGGCUCUGAAAUCCACAUGCAGUCCAUCCGUUUUUCCAUCAUUUGCAUUUGUCUCCUUGGCUCAUGCGCCUGGUUGCUAAGGAAUCGUCUAGUUGCAUGCAAUAUUUAGAUCAAAAAUGUUCAAGGAACUCCGACUAUUUGAACACCGAGUUCUUCUUCAACCACAUUCUAAUCCGACAGGAACCGAAAAACCUAAGAUGACACGUGAGAAGAGUAAAAAUAUGUCAUUUUCGUUCAGUAUGUAAUUCACCACAUGCGAAUAACCCACCAGUCAACAUCAAACCUGGUGCUUUGAGAAGCAGAAACCAUCAUACAUUAUUCUGCAAGGGUGGCCUUCCUUUGCUGUCCGGCGGCAUGUGACAUCUCUCCAUGCAGUGCCAGGCAGAUGUGGUGGGAAAACACAGCUUCUGCCCGAGGCAACGAGGACAUUCUGGUUCAGAAUGGAUAUGUGGUGGCCUGAGAUGGAUAGUUAUGAUGUCCCCACCCUAUAUUUACUAUUGUGCUGUUUGACCGAUUAGAGUAAUGAAAGGGUACGAGAAGAGCCACGCUCUUGGUUCCCACUGAGCUUGCCACAGAACUGGCCUAUUGUUCACCAGCUUGCGUGUAGGUUGACCUUUGACUUAUCGUUGCCUGAGCAAUCAUGAGACUAAACGCCCAUGCACACACAGUAACCCGUACAAAUAUAAAGUACCGUAAAGCUCAGACUUGUAACUGUGAAGAUACUGCAUGACUCGAGUGAUUAGUUUGAUGAACGCUACAUCAGGGGGGCUCGUUCCUGAUUUUGAACCUUCACCUUCGCCUGCUUGUCAUUUUUAAGUACACAACGAUCUUGAUUUGAGGCUUCAUUUACAUUUAUUCCAGAUUUGAAAAUGUUUUUCAGCAUUUUUUGAAGUGCUUUCAAAUGUUUUUACUUGUCCACACUGAAACACCUGAAAAUGCAAAAAUCAUCUCACUACGCAUGAAUAAAAUGUAAUAAAAGCUCACUGAGAUGAGAUGGAUCAGACAAAAUAAACCAGACAAAACAUAUAUCAACCGAUACAGAUAUGGUGGCCGAUAUAUCAUCCCUGAAUUGUUUACACAGUAAUCUUCUGGCACAGUCACUUUAUUAGCAAAAUAUCCCACCACUCAAUGGUGCGUCUCACCGUCGAAUCGCCAUUUCAUGUCUGGUCUUUGCCGCAGGACAUUUCUGUCACCUUUUGCAGGGCAAAGUAACAUUUUACAUUUUUAGGCAGAACUGGCGAACAUUCAACUUUUAAUAUAAACUAAAUAAAAUAAAAUAAAUAAAGCGACAGCCCCUCAUGGCCACCGGCCUCGCUCCGUUCCCACAGCUCUCGGCCCCGCCCUGCAGUUACCUGUUGCCAUACAGAAGUAACGUAAUUGCGACAUGGAGUGAAUUCAUUUUUUCCUCUAUUUUUAGACCUUCCAUCCACAAUGAGACGGCAUCGUCCUCUGAAAAUUUAGCUUUUUGAAGACCUUCGCCUAAGUGGAUCAAUUUAAAAAUGCAGGUUGUGAAAACUGAGGUUUUUGAAAACGAUGACACGUUUUGUCGUGUGAUGCAUAUUUUAUCGAUAUAUGAUGUUUAUACUCACAGUCUUGCUAAAUUACUAAAUUGUUAUUGAUAAAUAACUUGCUAAAUUGUUAUUAAAUGUUACUUUGUACAAUCUUUUAAUUACAUUCCUGUAAAGGUGACAGAAAAUGCACUCAUCUUCCGACGUUUCAGCUUGAACAAGAAACUUUUGGAAAAUGCUUAAAAACCCUAGAGAGCAUUUUGAAAUGAAGACGCUGUAUGUGAACUAAUGUAGAUGAAGCCUAAAGAUAAUUGAUUUCAAAUACCUGUUUAAAAAUAUAGAUAUACCCACUUCACAGGACAAAAGCACUGUCUCAAUGUGGGUGGAAGGCCAAAACAUAGGGUACGUUUACACGACAAUGAUGUACUAAAAACUGAAACGCUUUUUUCUUUGUGUUUUUGAAAAGUUGAAAACGUUGACAAAACGAUCUUGGUUCACAUGGUGCGAGACUGACUAAAAACGCUGUAUUAUUCAUGCCAGACCAGUAGUUGGUGAUUUCACUUUGUAAAGACAAAACAUGUCAAUAAACUGAACACGUAAUGUGCAUGACGUCACCGUUUUUGUUGUUUACAGACAAAUAAUGGUAUUUUUACAAAAACUUGCACUUUGAAACUCGUUUAAAGGUUGUUGUUUUUUUUUUUUGUUAACCUGUCAAGUAGAUGCCCCACAUAAAGAAAAAGAUGCAUUUUCAAAUGUAUCCGGAUUCGUGUAGAUGUAGCCUGAGUCGAAUCUGACAAAAUAAUUGAUUAUUCAAGAAUUAUCAUAUUGAUUAUGAUAUGACUUUGGAGAUCUUUGAAGCUGUGAUUUCUGUAUGACACUGAGCAAA